GGCAAAAUAUCAGAUACUCUCUCUCUCUCUCUCUCUCUCUCUCUCUCUCUCUCUCCAGUUGCUCACUAGGGUUUCCCAGAGAGAAAUCUCCUAAAACAGUAGUGCACUUGAUAUUUAGCUUGUAGUAGAGAAGUUCAGUGUUUGGAAGUGGGGGUUCUCCAUUUUCCAGGGAUAGUAAUUGAAAACAAAGAAUAAGAACUCUUUUAUAUAGCACAGGCCAAGAUGCAAGUUGUUCCUAGAGAGGGUGAUAAUGCUUUGUCUGUCUCUGGUCCAAGGCCAAUGGAAUGGUCUACUGUUCCUUACACUGGGCCACAGGGACCUGGGCCAAAUGGAAAGCAACGGACAUCAAGCUUGGAGUCACCGAUCAUGUUACUCACUGGUCAUCAGAGUGCUGUAUAUACAAUGAAGUUCAAUCCAGCUGGAAAUGUCAUUGCAUCUGGAUCACAUGACAGAGAGAUUUUUCUAUGGUAUGUCCAUGGAGAGUGCAAAAAUUUCAUGGUUUUGAAAGGGCACAAAAAUGCAGUUCUGGAUCUUCACUGGACCACUGACGGAUACCAGAUAAUAUCAGCAAGCCCAGAUAAAACUGUCAGAGCAUGGGAUAUUGAGACAGGGAAACAGAUUAAGAAAAUGGCAGAGCACUCAUCUUUUGUAAAUUCAUGCUGUCCUUCACGGAGGGGGCCGCCACUUGUUGUCAGUGGAUCUGAUGAUGGAACUGCAAAACUUUGGGACAUGCGGCAGAGGGGCGCAAUCCAAACAUUUCCAGAUAAAUACCAAAUCACAGCAGUCAGUUUUUCUGAUGCAUCAGAUAAGAUCUUCACAGGUGGUAUAGACAAUGAUGUUAAGGUUUGGGACUUGCGCAAAGGUGAAGUAACCAUGAAACUUGAAGGCCAUCAAGACAUGAUAACUGGCAUGCAGUUGAGUCCCGAUGGCUCAUAUCUUCUUACUAAUGGUAUGGACUGCAAGCUCUGCAUUUGGGAUAUGCGUCCUUAUGCACCACAGAAUCGCUGUGUUAAGGUACUGGAAGGGCACCAACACAACUUUGAAAAGAACUUGUUGAAAUGCAGCUGGUCACCUGAUGGAAGCAAGGUUACUGCUGGUAGUUCAGAUCGGAUGGUCUAUAUAUGGGACACAACUUCUCGACGCAUACUGUAUAAACUCCCUGGCCACGCUGGGUCUGUCAAUGAGUGUGUCUUCCACCCUACUGAGCCUAUUGUUGGAUCUUGCAGUAGUGAUAAACAGAUUUAUCUUGGGGAGAUCUGAUUACCAUGUUAUCAAUAUGCGAAAAUGAAUAAACUUCAGAAGUGAGAAUAUUUUGGAGGCCUAAGUGACGGUACCCUGCAAAUUUGUUGAAUAGAAUGUAUUCGUGCUGUAGUUUUUUUUUGGCUGAGUUUGACUUCUUAGCUGAUAAUGCUAUUUGAUUUGCUUAAAGUAGCUCAAGUACUCUUACCUGGCCCCGAAAUGUCAAAUUCUUAAGGUUGGUAUUUGCUUCUUGGUGGAAUUGUGCUACUGAAAUCUUUGUUUGUAAGAAUUAAAAUAAACUAUUUCUAAGUCAAUUGCUAUUGCAAAACAUGAUCAAAUUUGCAUCUGUA